GUCAUGGAGGACGCCGGCGACGAUCUGGACCUCCUCAUGUCCCUGGACGAGGAUGGCGCCCAGGUCGUCCUCGAGACCCCUCCGUCCUCCCCGCCCCCCGCCGGCGGCCACGGCGCCUACACCCCUCCGAGGGCGGCGCCCCGCCCCGGCGGCACCGACAUGUCCGUCUUCCGCGACGCCGUCAAGGACUACAUCGAGGCCGUCCCGGCCUCCACCUCCGGAUCCGGCCCCAAGCGCCCCAAGCUCCCCAAAUCGACCCAAACCCUCGUCGACAACUACUCCGGCCUCCGCAUCAAGAACAUGGCCAUCUCGCCGCUCGAGAUCGCCGACCGCUUCGCCGACGUCCGAUUCGUCCGCAUUUCCGCCUUCCAGAACCUGGCCGGCGGCGACACCUUCUCGGGCUGCUGGGCGACCGCCGGCGUGGUGCUGGACAAGGGCACGACGCGAGUGAGCGCCCAGGGGCAGGACUACAGCAUCUGGAAGAUGGGCGCGCUGGACGACUCCGAGGUGUCCGUGUUCCUCUUCGGGGACGCCCACACCCACUACUCUGGCGGCGCCGUCGGCGACGUCUUCGCGCUCUUCAACGGCAACGUCCGAGUGGACAAGGCGGGGAAAGGGUUCUCGGUGAGUGUUGGCUCAGUGGGGCAGAUGAUGAAGAUGGGCGUCUCGGCGGAUUUCAGUCUCUGCAAAGGGAAGAGAAAAGAUGGGAUGGCUUGCACCAUGGCCACAAACAAGCGUAAGGGAUCAUACUGCAAAUUUCAUUCCUCGAACACAUCAUCACAGAAGCACUUUACUGGCAGAGCGGAGCUUAAGGGUGGAAACUUUCAGUUUGCUGCCAAUUUACGCUCCAGAGGGAUUUACAUGGUCAAGCCUCCCUCAGAGCAAUCUGGUCCAAGAAAUCCAUCAAGACCAGUGAAAGUAAUGUCAGUCGAUGGACUGAAAAGGGCUUUAAGUCAUGCAGAUAAAGUGACCAGUAAGAACAACUCUCAGGGCAUCAGGUUCCUCUCCCAUGUCACAGGCGGCACUGAACCGAAACUCGUGAGGAAUGGUGCUACAGUUCUGGAGAAGCCGAUGUCAACCUGGAGCAGCCUUUCAGCAAAGCUGAGCGCAAGCAGAAGAGCGACAUCUUCUGGCACCAAGUUAGCACCCAAACCGAGCCUGCAGAAGCAAGAACAAGACGCCAAGAGAAGAAAGGCGAAUGAACCUCCGGGGAACACAAUCGAGCUGGACCUAGGCAGCUCAGAUGACGAGGAGAUCGACAUAGUGCUCCGACGCUGAUUGGCCUAGCCCACUUUUCCAGUGGAUGUCGAUGUACAAGUGGCGCAGCCUAGCCAGGUUCAUGGUUUAGGGACACAUUUUCUUGAGUGGCUGUAAAUGUACAACCAAGAGUGAACAGGGAUAUUCUACAGAGUUGCAAGUGCCGUUUCACAGACAACACAUGAUGUAGUUGAGGCGCCUAUGUAUAUUUGAUUCCUUGUUUAAGAGGUGAUGAUCUGAAA